AUGCGAUUUCUUUGUCUGCACGGAGUUGGGACAAAUUCCAAGGUACGCAUUUCAUCCUCCAUUACCUGUCGUAAAUGCAAUGAACCUUAUUGCUCACAUUCAGGCGUCCAUCUAGGUCCUCGAGAUACAAACCGGUUUGACUUCCCCUGCGUCCACCAAUCGAAGCCUUCUAACAAACAACUUUCCAUUAUCUGCGCAGCACCUCUACGCUAUGAGCUAGGUGACGAUCAUACCUACGAUUUUGUGGAAGGCAUUUUCCCUUACGAGCUUGCUUCUGGUAGGUGUCCUUUUCGACAGCUCUGCCAUGGCAAUCUAUCUGACAGUCUUUUAGAAAUCAAGGAUCUUGUGCCAUCCACCGAUCAAGGCUUCUCGUAUUUUGACCCGGAGUCUGCCAGUGCCUCGCUGCGUGCGGUGGAGGACCUGGAAAGCCUCAUCGCCAGGGAGGGUCCAUAUGAUGGAGUCCUGGCGUUUAGUCAGGGAAUGAUGUUAGCAUGCACCCUUCUGAUGCGCAAUGUGGAACAAAAUAAGCCAUUGCCUUUCAAGUGCGCCAUCUUCUUCUCCCCUCGCAUGGCACCUUUGGAUUAUGACGAUCUAUGUCGUGGCGUUUUCACCGAGAUCGAUGCCAGCAAGAUCUCGCAAGCCAUUGGAAUCCCAACAACACUGGUGUGGGGCUCAAUGGAUCCAAACUCCACGAAGGCAAUUGAACUGCAGGAACUGUUCCAGCGGGAAAUUCUCUCGACUUACGUCCACGACGGUGGUCAUGAGAUCCCAGGAUAUGCACUGAAGAAGGGGCUAUUGGAUACGGUGAAUGUGAUCAGGAGAACGACAGGCCAACUUUAG